AUGGGCGUCACCUUCGAUAACUUGAACCAGGACGCUGGUCUAAAGAAGCUCAAUGGUUUCUUGACCAACCGUAGCUAUAUUGAAGGAUACAAGUUCAGCUCGGCUGAUGCGGCCGUAUUCCAGCAGUUUUCCACUGUCCCGGACGCUGCCAAAUUUGCCAACGUGUACCGCUGGUACGUUCACGUGGCUGCCAAGUUGGGCCUGCGCUCUAUUCUUGUGAACAAAACGGCUGCUGCCCCUAAGAAGGCCGCUGCUAAGAAGGACGAAGAGGAGGACGAUGACGACGACCUUUUCGGUGAUGACGACGAGGAGGACGACGAAGCUACCAAGGCCCUCGCUGCAAAGCGCGCAGAGGCCGCCAAGUCUGCCAAGAAGGAGAAGAAGAAGCCCGUGGAGCGCUCGCAGGUCGUGAUUGAGGUAAAGCCGUGGGAGGCCGAAACAGACCUUGAGGAGCUGGCUGCCAAGAUCAAGGCCCUCCCUGUGGAAGGUCUGACGUGGGGUGAGGGCCACAAGCUUGUGCCGGUAGCCUUUGGUAUUAAGAAGUUGCUGGUGCAGUGUGUCAUUAUUGACGAUAUGGUGCUGCUCGAUGACAUUACGGAAGCCAUUGAGAGCUUUGAGGACUACGUGCAGUCAGUGGACGUGGCUUCCAUGAACAAGCUGUAA